CAAAAAAAAAAAAAAAAUCCAACUUUUUGAAACACUUCUUUGUUUCUUUUCUCUUUUUUACUCUUUUAUACCCGUUCUUUUUUUUUUUUCUUUUAAUUUAUUAUGAACUAUACAAAUAACAACCUUCCAGUUGUUAAACUGGAAGACCAAAGUAAACUUUUAGAUACUAUCUUAAACACGGUUAAAAUACAAAGUCAUCAUAUGAGAAACUGUUUAAAUGAAAACAAACUUAUGGAUGGUUUGAAAUAUGCAUCAAAUAUGUUAGCAGAACUACGUACUUCUAAUCUCACUCCUAAAUCGUAUUAUCAACUUUAUAUGGCGAUAUUUGAUUCUCUUCGACACUUGACAGCUUAUUUUGUAGAAGUUCACCAAACAGAACGACACCACUUGGCAGACUUGUAUGAAUUAGUACAAUAUGCAGGAAAUAUUAUACCGCGUCUCUAUUUAAUGAUCACAGUUGGUGCCGCUUAUAUGAGUAUGCCUGAUGCUCCUGUUCGUGAAAUUAUGCGUGAUAUGAUGGAAAUGGCUCGUGGUGUACAACAUCCAAUGCGUGGCUUAUUCUUACGAUAUUAUCUUUGCGCACUUACAAGGGAUCAUCUACCUGUUUGUCCUCAAGUGGAUGUGGAAGCAAAUAUUCAUGAAUCUAUUCGAUUUACUUUGACAAAUUUUAUAGAAAUGAAUAAACUUUGGAUACGAUUACAGCAUCAUGGUCAUUCAAGAGAUCGUGAAAAAAGAGAUAUUGAAAGACGGGAACUACGGAUUCUAGUUGGUACAAAUUUAGAACGCCUGAGUCAAUUGGAUGGUGUUGAUCUCAAGAUUUAUAAAUCUGCCAUUUUACCUGAACUACUUAAUGAAGCUGUCAAUUGUCGUGAUGUUCUUGCUCAAGAAUAUUUAAUGGAUAUUAUCAUUCAGGUGUUUCCUGACGAAUUUCACCUUCAUACUUUGGAACCAUUCCUCAAUGCCACAGCUCAAUUACACCCAAAGGUCAAUAUCAAAUUGAUUAUUAUUGCUCUUAUCGAUCGUCUAACUGCUUAUGCCGCUCGUGAAACAGAAAUGGAAAUGGAACUGGAAAAACAACGACUACAAUCCGGUGAGUCGGUGGAAAAAAGGAAUGUUAAUACUAAACAACGGAUGGAUACAUCGGAAAGCACACAUACAAACUCAACACAAGAGGCAGAAAAUACCAAGUCUGACGAUAAACAGUUGCCUUCAGACGAUCACUUGGAAACUGAUACAAAUAACAAGGAAACGCUUACUCAAACAGAAGGUGACACAAUAAGCAACAAAGACAUCGAUCAUAAUACCGACAAUGUGGAACAACAAUGUGAAGAAACAGAUGUUGCCCGGAACAAGGAAGAAGAUGCUGACAAUGAUAUAGAAACAAUUAGAGGUAUCCCUAAAAAUGUAGAACUAUUCGCAAUGUUUUGGCAAAGAAUUGUGGUACUAGUCAAGGCCCGACCGGAUCUUACUAUUGAAGAUAUUACAGAACUCCUUGUAUCGCUAAUCAAUCUCUGUCUUUCUUGCUAUCCCAACAAACUGGAAUAUGUGGACCAAAUACUUUUAUACUGCAAGGAACAAUGCACAGAGCAUGCCAAUUCUAAUCUCCUCUACUCCAAAACGACGGAAAACCAUUUGAUGACAUUACUCUCAGCACCUAUUCAGCAAUAUGAAUCCACACUGACUUUGUUAAUGCUAGAAAAUUAUGGAUCUCUACUUCAACAACAACCUUAUAACACUAGACGCCGCUUGGCUUUGGCUAUGGUGACAAAUGUUUUGGCAAAAGGUACUAUCAUUGACACUCCCGAAGAGGUCCAUAACAUAUUGGAACUAUGUGAUGUAUUGUUACGUGACCAAAAGGAUGUUACUGGGCACUAUCAUGGAGGACAAGCAACAAAAUCUCAUCAUUCUUUCCCACCAAUGUAUGAAUAUGAAGACUCUUUAUCUGAAGAACAAGGUGCAAUUGCAAAACUGAUUCAUCUUUUCCGAUCUGAUGAUGAUGAUACUCAAUUUUUGUUACUUUCAGCUACAAGGCGACAAUUGAACGAUGGAGGAAAAAGAAUUCGUUUUACUUUCCCAUCAUUGAUUACUGCUUCCCUCAAAUUAUCUCGACGAUACCAAAUACAAAAUACCAAGGGUGAUAUUUGGGAAAAAAAGACGACUACCUUGUAUCGUUUUAUUGAUCAAGUUAUCACCAUCCUGUAUACCAAUUGCGAAGAAACAGCAGAUCAAUGUUUGCGAUUCUAUUUAAUGGCAGGGCAAAGUGCAAAUACUUCUGGAUUUGAAGAAAUGGCUUAUGAUUUUUUCGUACAGGGAUUUAGUGUAUAUGAAGAAUCGAUUUCUGACUCAAAAGCGCAAUUCCAAGCCAUUACGUAUAUCAUUGGGGCGUUACACCAGGCAACAGCAAAUGGAUUUACUACUGACCAUUAUAAUAUACUCAUUGCUAAAGCAGCUGUACAUGGAUCAAAGCUAUUGAAAAAACCAGAUCAAUGCCGUGCAGUCUAUAUGGCAAGUCACUUGUGGUGGAAGAUUAACAAGGAUGGUGAUGAUGGCGACAACAAACGAACAUUAGAAUGUCUUCAAAAGGCACUAAAAAUUGCGGAUAGUUGUAUGGAUAUGAUCACCACUUUGGAACUCUUUGUUGAAAUUCUAAAUCAAUGUAUUUACUAUUAUGGCAAUGACGAUGAUGCGAUUACAGCCGAAUAUGUCAAUGGAUUAAUCGAUAUGAUUCAUACUCAUUUAUCCAAUUUGGAUGACGCUGAUCUCUAUCCAUUCACAUCAAGUUCUUCCUCUUUAUUACAGUAUGAAGGAACAUCCAUGGCAGAACAUAUGCGCCGUCACUUUAUGUCAACAUUACAGCAAAUCAAACUUCGUCAAGAUCCAGAAUCAGAAAACAAGAAAUUCAAUAGUAUAGUAGUUACAGUUGAUUAGUUAUAUUAUAUUAUUUAAUAAAACUUCUACAUUUUAUCU